AUGCUGGGCCUCGGAGCAUAUGAAAGCAGCAGCGAAGAUGAGGUUGUUGAGAAGCGCACUUCGUCGCCAAAGCACGAGCUAGAACAUGGUUCCGGUGCAACCUCUAAGCCCGUCGCAGAUACCGCACAAGUGACGCCAGAUGUACCCCAGCCGGUAAUAUCUACGGAGCCAAAUCCUCCAGGGCCAGUUCUCGGACCAUCUCACCAAGAGGCCCAGCCUUCGAACCCCCGCUCUAUGCAUGGGCAGGCGUCCCCAUAUUCAGCAUCGCGCAACUUGGUCCAUGAUUUAACACUUCCUCCGGUGCCAUGUCUAGAUAUCCCACCAUCGCCCCCUGGAUCGCCUAGUCCAGCCGCGAAUGCUAAAUUCGCCCAUUUUCUGGCACUCAAGAAACAAGAGGUCCACUUUAAUGAAAAAUUGGCCGGCUCAAGCUCGCUCAAGAACCCAAGUCUACUGAAAAAGCUGAUGGAGCAUGCGGGUCUCAGCGAGGAGAUGCAAUACCAUACUGCACUAUCUCGUGAAUUAUGGGACAUGGAUGGUCUUCCGGCCUGGGGGUUCAAGGAAGAGCUGUUGAAGGCGCAGAAGGAAAUGCGCGACAACCUGGAAGAGCAAAGGCUUCAAGGCCAAAGAGAUACGAUUGAUUUCGUGGCAGCGACCACUCCCAGUACCAAAAAAAGAUCAAGACCACACCCGUGA